GGUAGCUCAUCGCAUCUUGCCUUUAAUACCUAUAUUAAAAGUACAUACGUGAUUUACAUACAUGAUUAUAUUCAUCAAAUCACUAGCAAACGAACGAAUCGAACAACAUUCAAUAUCGAAACUGAGAGCUGGACCACCAUAUCGCCAAGCCCCCGUAACUCCUUCUUCUUACACAUUCCUAAUAUUUACGGAAUAGGAAAGAUAGACUUGUUAGUCAGCGUCCAAGUACAAGCAAGUCGCGCGCCGCGCAUCUGCUGUCUUCACGCAUCUCAUCUUGAGCCGUUCAUCUCAGCCACCAGACUUGAAGAUAACCCUUCCUCUUCCAUCCCGUAAUUAAUUUCCAUAUUUCAUACUUCUCAUACACCUUUACGACCCGGCAUUUACAGCUCAUCAAAAAAUGGAGACUCAAGAUCAAACUGCUCCCGCGAAUCAGCAAACGAUCACAGGUGAAGCUCCUAUUCCCGAGCCGAACCAGCCAGUUCAGGAUGGCAGGAUAUCCGGACAAGAUCCACUAUCAUUACCAACCUCUGGUAUAUCUCUACCACCUGAGAACUCGGUUCCAGAAAAUGGCGUCCCGGUAUAUCCUCAUCCAGAUGAUACCUUUGCCACCCUCCAGCAAACAGACUUCAACAACGGCAACUUCGCUAAUCCGGGCAUGAUAAUACCUCCUCCGACUCAAUCACAUAUUAUACCUGAUUUCAACAACCCCGUCAUACCUCAGCCAACCAACGGAAAUGUCUUAAGUGCAGAUGACAUCGCCCUAUACGACCGCCAGCUGCGGUUAUGGGGCAUGGAGGCGCAACAAAAGAUACAGAACACCAACGUUGUUCUGAUCACUAUGAAGGCGCUCGCGAAUGAGAUCGCUAAGAACUUGGUGUUAGCUGGCAUUGGUUCCUUGACCGUUGUCGAUGACCAAAUAGUCACGGAAGCCGAUCUGGGGGCACAAUUCUUUCUCACCGAGGAGAAUAUUGGCCAAAGCCGUGCCGAAGCGGCUGUUGGCAGGAUUCAAAAGCUGAAUCCUAGAGUCAAGGUCAUUGCCGACUCCGGGAGCAUAAUGACCAAAGGCGCCUCGUUUUUUGGCAACUUCGAUAUCGUCAUCGCCACGGAUCUUAGCCCUACUGUUUUCGCCUUCAUCAACACCGCUACUCGUCUUCACAACCGCCAGUUCUACGCGGCCGGUACCUACGGCUUUUAUGGUUACAUAUUCUGUGACCUGAUCGAGCACGAUUACGUUUUGCAGCGAGACAAGCCUAAUGUGCCAACAGCCGUGGGCCCAGAGACCCGGACUCGCAGCAUUAUUAAGGUGGAAAGCGAGAAGGAAGGCGGCAAGACCAUUGAGAAAGUACAAAAGCGCGAACUGUACUCUACCUGGGACCUCGCUUCCGAAACAAGUCUCUUACCCCCUGAGUACCUCAAGUCCAAGCGCCGUCUCAAAGCCGUCUCCCCUGCUCUCUCCUGUCUGCGCGCUCUCUGGGCCUUCCAACAAACGCAUAACGACCGGUUCCCCGAGCACAACAAGCAGGAUCUGGAAGCGUUUACCCGCUCCGCCACGCAUAACCACCAAUUACUAUCUCUCCCCGCCGAGACGCUGCGCUCCGAGUUCCUACGCAGCUUCCUACAAAACGUAGGCAGCGAGAUCGCGCCCGUGACAGCGAUCCUCGGCGGCCAGCUUGCCCAGGACGUCAUCAAUGUUCGCGGCCAGCGCCAGCAGCCCAUCCAGAAUAUGGUUGUCUUCGACGGCGAUAAGAUGGAGGCCGAGAUGUAUCCGCUGCACCCGGAGGGGAAGCUUGGCAGGGCGCAGUUAGAGCUGUCGACGGCGCCGGGCAUGAUGCCGCUUGGCGGGGUUGAUGCCUCGCAGAUGUUGCCUAUGGACCAGGCUGCUAUGAUGAUGGCGCCUGUUUCUGGUGUGUGAUGGGAGAGGUGGUACGCGCCGGUAGUUUAUGCAGGACAGGCAAGGUUUCCUUGCGUUUGGACGCGGUGGAGGCCGAGUCCAGGGCGUUUUUUUCAGAGUUGGCAUAGCAGAUUUCAGAUUCCAGUGAUAUUCCAGUUCGGUUAUUUCCAUCUUUCCAGGGAUUAGCAGGCGGAUUUCAGAUAAGAGAUUUCUUUUCCCUUCGCGAGAGUUCUAAAAAAAAUUUUAAGAUGGAUGGAUAUAUUCGAUCAUCGCUCAGAGAUCCUGUCUUCGGUUUAGUGGUAAAAGGAAACUACCUGGUUAGGUAGGUUAGGAGAUAGUAAGAGCGUAGGAAAGGGGGAAAAGAGAGAGAGAGGGAGAGAGAGAGAUGAAAAAAAGGAACAUGGAAUGCAGGUGGUGCUGCGCUGUAUGAUAAUAGGUAGUCGUAUGCUUUGCUAAUUUACAAGUCGGUGUCUUCUGGA